AUGGAUGUAGGCUUCAUUCGGCCGAGCCAAUAUCCCGACUGGGUGGCCAACGUGGUUCUUGUCCCCAAGCCAAAUGGAACAUGGAGAAUGUGCGUUGAUUAUACCGACUUAAACAAAGCCUGCCCCAAGGAUAUGUUUCCCCUGCCCAUGAUAGAUCGGCUGGUAGGUUCUACUGUUGUCCAUGCUAUGAUGAGUUUCAUGGACGCGUACUCCGGUUUCCAUCAAAUCCCCAUGUGGCCCGAAGACCAAGAGAAGACUUCCUUUGUUACGGUACAAGGGUUGUACUAUUACAAGGUCAUGUCAUUUGGCCUAAAAAAUGCGUCGGCCACAUUUCAGCGUAUGGUGAACACUGUCUUUACAAAACAGUUUGGUAGGAACAUAGAAGCCUACAUUGAUAAUAUGAUUGUGAAAAGAGACAAGUGUAGCUACUUCUUCAACACCAUAAAAAAGAAAGCUCAAUUUGAAUGGACGGCUGAGGCGGAAGCCGCCUUCCUGCGGCUAAAGGAACAUUUGCACACUUUGCCACGUCUUUUCAGUCCCCUCCAAGGAGAAGCCCUUUGCAUCUAUCUAGCAAUUUCAGAACACUCACUCAGCAUCGUCUUAAUGACAGAGAAGGAAGGAAUACAACUGUCCGUCUACUUUGUAAGUCAUGUAUUAGAGAAUGCCGAGUUGAAAUAUCCAACGGUGGAAAAGUUUGUCCUAGCCCUAUUUAGGGAGAGCAAAAAGCUGCAGCCUUACUUGUUGCCUCAUCGGCUAGUAGUCUACAAUGGCCAACCUCUGAAGCGACUGUUCACAAAGUUAGAGGCGGCCGGAAGAAUGCUAAAAUGGGCCAUCGAACUCAAUGAGUUUGACGUUUCAUAUGAGCCAAGGAAGGCGGUAAAAGGGAAGGCUUUUUCCGACUUAAUUGUAGAAAUGACUCGGCCCACCUUUGCUCAAUGA